AUGUUGAGUGCCGUCUUCCUCACCAUCUCCCUGCUUUUCUGCUUCCUCCGGAUCUACGUCCACACACCACUUACCCUCAAGUUUAAACCCGAUGACGGAAUAGUCAUUAUCGCCGCGGUGAGCACACCAGACUGUGCUACGUCUUUGCUGUGGCCGAGUCUGCAGCCAAUAGCUUGCAAGAUCAACGGAUCGGCUGCUCAAGUCGAAGAUGCGCAACGAUUUCUGAUAUGCGCCUUGGACGGACAGGAAGUGCAGCAAGAUCCUUCCUUUGAUGGCCGUGAAAAUACAAAACGUGCAGACUUUGGACAGGCCGGGUGUGGCCCUGGGUGCUCGAUCGAAGUAGCUAGCAUCACCUACCUCGUCUGUUCGCCUCGCCAUUCCAUCGCGACAGGCAGUGUGGCUAUGAAUGAGCAAAAACCUCACGGCUGUUGUGAUCCCAGACAAUGCCACCAAUCGACAGAUCCCAGGUCUCUCAUCGUGGCAGAUCACGGCACAGAGUCGCAUUAUCUCGCGGGAUCCAAGCUCGAUUCUCGGGCUGGCUACUAUAGUGGCGAGAAGCCCCGAGUUAAUAUCAAGUCUUCAUGGGACCGGGCACAUUUCGUUGCAAGAACUUAG